AUGAGGCGACCCAAGACCCGGGAGCCAUCUGCCCGGAGCAGACAAGUAGAGGCAGGGGCAUCAGAUGGUGAAGGAGGAGGAGACACGGAAAUGGCGCAGCAGGACACAGCUCCAGGUCCUGCCCUGUCCAGGAAAAUCAAACCGCCUAAAGAAUGUUUCUUGAUACAACCGAAGGAAACAAAUGAAGAUACCGCCAAGACCAGGAAGAGGAAAAAGAAGAAAAUUACUGUUAUUCUUGCAAAAUCAGAGCCAAAACCAGGGACACCUGAGGACCUACAGCAGCUGAUGAAGGACUAUUAUAGCAGCAGUCGCUCCGUAAUUGAAUUAGAAGAACUAACCCUCCCAGACUCCUGCUUCCUCAAGGCCAAUGAUUUAACUCACAGUCUUUCAUCAUAUCUAAAAGAAGUCUGCCCCAAAUGGGUGAAACUUCGGAAAAACCACAGUGAGAAGAAAUCAGUCCUGAUGCUGAUUAUCUGUGGCUCUGCCAUCCGAGCUCUGGAGCUCAUUAGGUCAAUGACCGCAUUCAAAGGAGACAGCAAAGUUAUGAAAUUAUUUGCCAAACACAUAAAGGUCCAGGAGCAGGUAAAACUGCUGGAGAAGCGUGUAGUGCACCUGGGCGUGGGAACUCCAGGGAGGAUUAAAGAACUCAUCAAACAAGGUGGCCUUCAUUUGAACCCCUUAAAGUUUCUGAUUUUUGACUGGAACUGGAGAGAUCAGAAGUUGAGAAGGAUGAUGGACAUUCCCGAGAUAAGAAAGGAGGUUUUUGAACUUCUGGAAAUGGGAAUCCUCAGUCUGUGCAAGACAGAAUCUUUGAAGCUGGGCCUUUUCUAA